UGCAAGUUCGUUUGUUAUUGUCCCAGUGACGCUGUUCUAGAAGUGAAAAUGUAUAUAUUUACGUAGUGCGAAGGUGACAGUCUUGUCAUAACAUUUUACGAGAUGGCGGCAGCGGCGGUGGCUGCGCCGGGCCCGUCGGCGUCCCCAUCCGGACGGGCGCCGCCCGUGGCGUGCCCGCAGUGCGGCGACUUCUGGAGGGUGGGCUCUCUGUUCAUCCGCGACUCCUGCGGCCACCGCAAGUGCCGCUGUUGCGUCAUCGUCGAGGGCAACGAGUGCGGCACCUGCAGCCUGCGGGCCAAAGCUGGAGGUGGCGCAGGCGGCUCACCCGCAGCCGAGCCGAGCCCGGCGGUGUCUGCACAGGAAACGGCAGGUGGGCCUGCGGCUUUAGCGACAUGCAACAGUGGGGCCACUACUGCCGGAGCAACCACUGGGCAGUCCCCGGUACCCGAGACACCAGCUAGCAGCACACAGCCAGUGGACAGCAAAGUGAAAACCUCACCUAGCAAUGUGACUGCUAGCAGCAAUAAAAAGAAAGACUUGCCUCAGCAAAGCUCAGGGAAGAAGGUACUGGACGAACUGAAUGUAACAAAUGUCAACAAUGUGCCGGAACUCGCGUGGGAAGACAGUGCCGACGCCGAGGCCGUAGACGACCCCGAUCCGCUGCCGGAGGGCGACAGACCAGCGGCGAAGAGGCCGCCACCGCCGACACACGGCGUUAUUAAGUUGCCCGGUCAGUUGCACUGAGAGACAUCACUGCUGAACAUGUGGCUUGUUUCGAGGCCAUGUAGGUGUGUGAGAGGGAGGGACGUUCUUGUGUGAGUGAGACUGAGGAUUGCUAUAAUUGUGAAUUGAAUUAAAUUGAAUUUUAUUUGAUUCUGUAAGAUUACAUUGU